AUGGACCAGCCUCCAGAAGAGAAUCCAGCUGAAUCCUGGAAACGAGAAAACACAACCACACCCUCAACUGCUGGCCAAACUAACAACAGAGAAAACAACCAGAAGAAGAACCAAGCUGAAGGGGAGGAGGCUAAUGACCAAACCCACGCUGAUCCCGUUAACCAAAGCUCAUAUAAACAGACUUAUGGCACAGCACCCAACCAAACUGGACAGAUUGACCAAUCUGGUCAGGUUAACCAGGGAACUUAUGAACAGGCUGUACAAAAAUGGUCGAAACAAAGUGAAUGGAGCAAUUCUCAGCAGGCUGAACAGAAAUUUUCUGGUCAGAUAGAUAAAAGAACUUCCCAGACCACUGACAGCAAAGUAUCUCAUCAGUCUGACAGAAGACCUUCAGAAAAGGGUAGUGAUAAGUUUUUCACACUUGAUGGAAGAACUUCUGAGCAGAUUGACUACAGAUUUCCUGCUGGUCAAGGAACGUCCGGCCUCGCUCAGCAAAUGGACCAAGUUAACUACAGAAUGCAAGAGUCUACUGAAGACAGUGAAUUCACUAGAGAGCAGUAUAAUAGGCAAUUUAUGUUGAACAUGCAGCAAGAGGGACAAAAUGAGGGCAUCUUCGGAGAGGUUGGCCAAAAAGACUACUACCCACCCUACAAUGAAGCAUUUAACCAAUAUCAGGAUCAGAUCUUUUCUGAGCUGGUGAGUGAUGAUAUAUACGGCUUCAAAGUAGAAUCCUGCACGUUUGAGAAGACCUCAAGUGAUAUGCAAGACCAGCUCUCAGGUACUUCAGAGGCUGAAAUGGAAGGUACCUCAGCUAUGCCCAGUUAUAGAAUGAUGGAUACCCGGUUCACCAAUGCCUUCCCAACACGAGUCCAAGGAUUUAGCCAGAAAUUGCCCUCCAUCUCAACCGGAGUAGCCUAUCCCAGCAGUCAAGAAAAACCUCAAACUAUGCAAAGUAAUCUUUCAGGACCGUAUAGUGGAAGAAAAACCCAAGGUUUCAAGAAGAGGUUCCCUCCUAUCAUUUACGAAGAUCCUUACCACGUUUCCCUCCAAUACAUGGAGAGACAUGGCAUCCUGCAAAUAUUCCAGCAGAUCACUGAAAACUUAGUCUAUGAAAAGCCAGAUGAUCCACUGAAUUUUAUGCUGUACCAGAAAUUACUUCCCACAAAGGAACAGUGA